GCUGGCGCCUACAUCUCCCAGAAGCAUUUGCGUGACGUCACGGCCGCAGCAACAGGAAGUGUUCCAACUGAGCAGUUGCUGUAAGAUAAGGAAUGACCUGUACACUGGAGAAGGUGCUGGCCGAUGCCAAAUCACUGGUAGAUCGUCUCCGGGAUCAUGACAGUGCUGCUGAGAUCCUGAUCGAACAAACCACGCUGCUGAACAAGAGAGUGGAGGCCAUGAAACAGUACCAGGAAGAGAUUGAGGUGUUGAACCAGGUGGCGAGACACCGGCCGCGCUCCACGCUGGUCAUGGGCAUCCAACAGGAAAACCGGCAAAUACGGGAACUGCAGCAGGAAAACAAAGAGCUGCGUACGUCACUGGAGGAGCAUCAGUCUGCGCUGGAGGUCAUCAUGAGCAAAUACAGAGAGCAGGUGUUUCGCCUUCUGAUGGCCAGCAAGAGAGACGAUCCUGCUAUUGUCACCCAGCUCAGAGAACAGCACACUAAUGAGAUGCAGGCGCACAUUGAGAAAAUAAACGAAAUGGCCACGGUGAUGAGGAAAGCCAUCGAGGUGGAUGAAGGGCGACUGUGUGAGGAUGAGGAGCGAAUCAAACGUCUAGAGCUGGAGAACAGCGGUCUGCGAGAGCUGUUGGGAAUCAGCCGUCAGGCGUUUCUGGUGCUGAAGAGGGACGACACGUCUGACAGCACGUCUCUCUCGCCGCUGCUCACCAGCACAGACGUCAGUCUGAGGAAGAACUAAAGGCAUUCAGAGACUCUGAGUUUACAAACCAUCGUUCACAGCUGUCCUACAAAUCCCACGAUCCUCCAUUACAGCGCAACCCUCACUGCAACCUGGAUGUCCUUCAGCCGUUCAGCACGAGGGCUUUUGCAGGAAGUGGAAUCCGAUUACUUUUCCAUCUCUGCAUCAUCAUGUCUUCGGUCUGGAAAAGUCAAAUCGACUGAUCCAGCCAUGUGAAAACAAUCAUUUGUGGAAUAAAAAAAAUAAGAUUUGGCAUAUUCUGAAUGAAUACUUGACCUAAACAAGAGACUUUGGGGAAUAUCACAAUGUGCUAUUUUAAUGAAUAACUCUUUGUUGUGUUUGUAACAGUGUUUUAUGCGGGUAUGAGAGGAAGUUCCAUUGGAAGUGAUUAAAAGCGUUGAAUGAUC